CAAUGCGUUGGUUGCGGCAACACGAUAACAGACCAGUUUGUCCUGAAGGUAGCACCGGAUUCUGUCUGGCAUAGCGGCUGUCUCAAAUGUUUUCAAUGCCAGGCUGUGCUUGAUGAAAACUGCACAUGUUUCAUUAAGGAUGGUCUGACGUACUGCAAGGACGACUACGUUAGACUGUUCGGGGCCAAGUGUAGUAGUUGUAGCGAGGGUUUUCUCAGAAGUGACCUUGUCAUGAAGGCAAGGUCAUCCAUAUUCCAUCUGGACUGCUUCAGAUGCACGGCCUGCAACAAGAAGCUGGUGGCCGGCGACGAGUUCUCCAUCAAUGAUAACAACGACAUACUCUGCAAAGACGACCACCAACACCAUCUCAUGAAGUUUUCAAAUGGUUUGUUUUUAACCCCAUCGUGGAAUGUGACAACAGCAACGAUAAGUUUGGUUGGUGAUAAUAUUUUUAUUUCAUUCAUGAUAAUCCACCAUCAUCAUCACCACCACCACCACAAGACAACAAGAAUCCGGACGGUUCUCAACGAGAAACAGUUGCAUACUCUGCGAACUUGCUACUCGGCAAACUCCAGACCGGAUGCCUUAAUGAAGGAACAGCUAGUCGAGAUGACGGGAUUGAGUCCCAGAGUGAUCCGUGUCUGGUUCCAGAACAAGAGGUGCAAAGAUAAGAAGAGGAGUAUCGUUCUCAAACAGCUCCAGCAACAAAAUCAAAAUAAGGUAACUUUACAA